AUGAUGCGGAUAUUGAUCCUUGUGGUAGCCCAUUUUGUUGUGGCAGUAGGCGCCAAUUUACCGGUGACAAAAAAUAAUAGAAUUAUAAACUUCCUGAACCACGAAAUACCAGAAAACGGCAAGAUACUCGUCCAUUUAGUCUAUCUAUCCAAACAUAACGCGCUCGAGAUUAUAUGCCCCAGGGCAAAGGGUGAGUACAGUUACGACUUACUUCCCAACAGAAGCGAGAGCAUUCCGAGUGGAGAUAUUUACGUCUACGCGACCAUAGACGGAGUAUACCAGAAAGUGAACAUAAACGAUGUGGUGCGAUUUGAGUCAGCCGAUAACCAGCCUAAGCUGAGACAGCAAUUCGGGAUGACGAGGAUGUUACUCAACCAGGGCCUAAGCUCAGACAUUGUACGUUAUGACGUGGAGAGCUUCGAUGUGCACUGUGCGCCAGCUGAUAAUGCAGACGGUGUGCACAAGGGUCUUGGCGCGUGCUUGUCAUCUGCGUCGCUGAAUGAAGAAGAGAGAAGUAGAUGCAAGUACAGUAAGAAGGGUUCGCCAAUGUUGGGUAUAGUGCGCGUGUCACUGAGCAGCGUUCCACGUGCGUACACGGGAUGUGGAAGCAUGAGCGCGCCAUUCCUGCUGGAUGGGUGGGGUAAGGUGUCGACUGGGACAUCGUGCGUCGUGGACGUGAUGGAGACCCCCGACGUGGGCUUCUACUGCAAAGGCAGGAUAGAACCCGCCAACUGCCCAUUCUCGCUGUACUAUGGCAACAAUGAUAUGUUGAGUAGGAUGCCGUUCAAGGUGGACGUGAGCUCCAGCGGAUAUGAAGGCGGCACUAUGCUUGCGAUGCGUUACGACCGUUCCAGCAUUACGUCGCCCUUCUCUGGGCGCUGCCGAUGCAUCGACAAGGCGACAAACACAGUAACUGCGGUCAUCGAAAUCACGAGCAAGGAGCGGCACGUCUGCGACCUCAGCGCGAAGCUGACGCAACACCUGUCGAGGCCCAUUGCCGGCGACUGGUGCGACGUUGUGCUCUACCCUGGCAGUUCUCUAGAAAUCCUCUUCCCGGUUACUGCGAACGAACUAUCCUCCGAAGUUAGAGAGGCUCUGCUAGGGGGCGACAAUGUCAGCGGACCCAUCUCCACCUUCAUGCCGGCGAAACCAGACGUAGAGGCGCUGACUCGCACGGCAGGUGAGAACACGCUUGUAUACGGCACAGUACCACUCAUUUCUGUCGUGGACCCUAAGGUUGUUGAAGUCGAUAGCGCUUUGCUCUCCGACGGAGUGGUGUACAUACAGCAUAAGGUGUCGGAGGCAGAGCCCGCUGACAGAGAUCCGGCGUCCUUCUAUUUCCGGUGUCUGCACAAGGGUGGUAGCGACCACACGAGUGUGACAUCCACAAUCAAGGUUACAAUUGCUUAUGGGUCACCGAAUGAAAGCUACGCUGGGGAUGCAGCAGCAGACGCGUUGAAUAAUCCGGCGAGAGUAAGCCAGUAUUUCACUGACAUGGCCGACACCGCGCGUAUCCAGUGUAAUUCUGGCGAACAUAUGGUUCCGAAGAAUUGCGCAUCGUUGACCUUCAAUGCCAACAGAACCGCAGUGAUUCCUCUUCCGCGUGGGAUGAGGUCUUACUCAUACAGAAACAUUGACAACCUCCGUGACUUCAAGGUCGAAGAAUCCUUCACCAACCCCUUCAGUCUUCACUGCAGCUGCAUUAAUGACGACGGAGUAGAGACAUGGAGGGUGACAUUCAACCAGAUUCCACAGAAAUACACCAUGAAGGGACAGUCACCGGAUAUUAAGUCAAUGAUCAUGGUUCCACGAAUCAAGUCUUAUGACGUGGGCGGUAUGCUCAGGCACGAUAAAAUUGUAAUACCUGUGUCGGACGUUUACAAUGAGCAGAAAGUAUUGCGAGUAUCAGCAGGUACGCUCAACGGCCUUUUGUGCACACCACCCAAGGGGAUGACGAAUUUCCAGAGUGUACCACUACCGGGUGACGUGGUGCCUUUCAAAUCUCCGGUUGAUUCCAACCUGCAAGGUGAUCAUUUCGACAACGAUACCGUUAUGCUGCGCCAAGAUGAGGAUGUAUCGAAGUCUUAUGCCACCUGGUUUCCUUAUAACGACAGCAACGAGUUUGUCAAUUUGGUUAAGACAGGUGAUGAAUAUACACUCACAACUGCUGACCUUAAUACGGUCAUGAUUUCUAAAGGUGGUUUCAGCAUUGGCUAUAAUGUCGACCACGAAAGUGAUUUGAUUGAUCGCUCUGAUCUCACUAUUCGCUAUCCGUUGGGAUCCAUUGUGAUUUCAAGAUAUGGCCGUACUGAUGUCACUCUACACUACGUAUGCGGGUCGAUUUCGCCGCCCAUAUCAUUAGAGCAAGACAGAUGGGAUGAGACGAAAAGACAACAUGCCGGAGAAUCGCCUGAAAUGGAGGAACGCUCCAUGGUUAUCUGGGAGAUCGCUAAGGUACACGUGCCAACCACCGACCCAUACGUCCAAGGCUGUGGCAUACCUAGCGAAUCUGACGGCUUAUUCAGGCCAGAUACGGUACCGCUGACCGAUGACUCGGGCAAGACAAUUGGCUGCGUUGUAAAUCUCAAAACAGCGAAAGUGGCAGGGUUCUACUGCCCUCUGCCCUAUAGGACGGAUCCGCCAGACUGCCAACUGGUCUUAAGGAAAGGUCCACAAGCACGUUUGCUGAAAAAGGUGUUUAACAGGUUGCGUGUGUAUCGCAGUACGCAUUUUCAUCUCUUCGAGAGAAGGAAUGUAUUUUUUGUAAAGGAUCAUUUGAAGAGGGAAAAGAAACUUUAUACUUAUGUAUGUAACUGUGAAACCAUCACCGGGGUUGUUGUGUCAACCAUUAAAGUCCAAUUUAACUGA